CCGAGCUCUGUGUGAAUUGAGAGCAGAUACUGAUGCUAAUCAAUGAUAAUAAUAAUAAUAAUAAUAAGCUAAACUAUAUAUAUAUAUAUAAUAUUUACAUUUAAAAACAAAAUCAUAUUACGCUGAUUUUUUCACUACCAAACUCCCCUUUUCGAACACAUCUCCCAAAAUUUUGAUCAUCAAGAACAGUAUCUGAACAUCUAUAUAUAUAUAUAUAAUUAUAAUACAAUUGAGCAACUAUUUAGCGGGCAACUUUGGGAUCUUCUUCAACCAUGUCGAUGCUCGAUUCUUUCUUCAGCAAGGGCUUCAAAGCUGCCAAAUGCAAAACCCUACUGAAAUUGACGAUUCCUCGUAUAAAAUUACUGAGGAACCGGAGGGAAAAUCAGAUAAAACAGAUGCGCCGAGAUAUUGCCAAGCUUCUUGAGACUGGUCAAGAAGCUACUGCUCGUAUUCGGGUGGAGCAUAUUAUAAGGGAAGAGAAUAUGAUGGCUGCUCAGGAGAUUAUAGAGCUUUUCUGUGAGCUUAUAUCUGUCCGCCUUCCGAUUAUCGAAUCACAAAGGGAAUGCCCUCUAGAUUUGAAAGAAGCCAUCUCCAGUGUGUGUUUUGCUGCACCAAGAUGUGCCGAUCUGCCAGAAUUGCUGCAGGUGCAAUUAUCAUUUGCAUCCAAAUACGGGAAGGAAUUUGUAGCAGCUGCAACCGAGCUCUUACCAGAUUGUGGUGUUAAUCGCCAGUUAAUUGAACUUCUAUCAAUCCGUGCUCCUGCACCUGAAAAGAAAAUGAAGCUUCUGAAAGAAAUUGCUGAAGAGCAUGAAUUAGAUUGGGAUCCUGCUGCAUCUGAAAAUGAGUUUCUGAAACCUCAUGAAGAUUUAUUGAAUGGCCCAACACAGUUUAUCAGCGGAUCUAAACAGCCACUUCCCCAAGAAAAACAUGAUGAGGCAGCAUAUAAUGCUCCAGAUCAAACCCAGGAAGAAAAGGCCGAUUCUGAUUCAGACUUGGACUCAUUAGAUUUUCCUGAAGUUCCUAAGGUAUCACUACGGCCAAGUCCAAAUGUUGCAUCAGUGCCAGCUGUGGUCCCACCUGCUCCAACUGUCCCAGAUCACGAUAUUGAUCAUGACUCAUCAAGACAUUCUAGAGCUAGUGGAAUUCAAUCUGAAGGUCUGGACUUGGAAUACGAGGAAGUGGUAAAAGAAAGAUCAGCAGCUGAUAGAGAUGGAGAACCUCAUGCUGCAGUUGGUGGUGGUCCGGAAGAUAGACAGUUUCUGCCUUUCAUCUCUCCUCCAUCACAAUCUUCAGUGCCAUCUCUCAAUAGACAGAGCAGUGCACCUCUACCUGUUUCAAGAACAAACAGCGAGGCCAAUGUGGAUUUGCAGGAUGUGUUGGCUGCUGCUCAGGCUGCUGCUGAAACCGCCGAACGUGCAGCUGCAGCAGCUCGAUCAGCAGCUAGUCUUGCACAGGUUAGAAUCAGUGGGCUUACAAAGAAAAACAGUGACACUGAAAGUAUCUCUGAGAAUCCAUUUCAUACACAUACUCCUGAUCCGUCUCCUACAGAAAAGCCAAAUUUUGAUCAUCAUGACACUCAUGGUGAUUCCGCUGCCUCGGUGAGUUUUCCACAAACCCACGAAGUUUAUGAAGGUAGCCAAGGAUCAGAGUCAUCAAAGUUCCGUCCACUUGACUCGUUCAAGUCUGAUUUCGAUGCCUCACUUCCGGAUGACAAGGUUCUCGAUUCACCUGAGUCAGCUCGUCACCCUCCACAGAGAUUGCCUUCAAUGGAAGACGACCCGUACUUUGCAUAUCCAAACUUGUUUACAUCACAGAAUUCAAAUCUUAGCUCUGGUUCCCGUUCUUUUACAGAUAAUAAAGCCUCAUACAACCCAUGAACACGGAGUUGAGUAUGAAUCAUGGUAGGCCAUAAACUUCCAAUUUUUAGUUUUAUUUUCAACUAAAUAUUUUUUUUGUUGAGAGCUUGGGUUGUGAAGCAAUGGUGUAUCUGUUAUCAACAAAACUUCUAUUAAGCAGUCUUUUCAGUU